AUGAGUGAAAAUUCUGAUGAAUCCAAAACACUUCCUGGUGCAUUACCCACACCGCCGCCACCACCAACCUCAAAACCACACCUCACACACAGGCAUUACCCACACCGCCGCCACCACCAACCUCAAAACCACACCUCACACACAGGCAUUACCCACACCGCCGCCACCACCAACCUCAAAACCACACCUCACACACAGGCAUUGCCCACGCCGCCACCACCAACCUCAAAACCACACCUCACUCACGUGCAUUGCCCACGCCGCCACCACCAACCUCAAAACCACACCUCACUCACGUGCAUUGCCCACGCCGCCACCACCAACCUCAAAACCACACCUCACUCACGUGCAUUGCCCACGCCGCCACCACCAACCUCAAAACCACACCUCACUCACGUGCAUUGCCCACGCCGCCACCACCAACCUCAAAGCCACACCUCACUCACGUGCAUUGCCCACGCCGCCACCAAUCUCAAAGCCACACCUCACUCACGUGCAUUGCCCACGCCGCCACCAAUCUCAAAGCCACACCUCACUCACGUGCAUUGCCCACGCCGCCACCAAUCUCAAAGCCACACCUCACUCACGUGCAUUGCCCACGCCGCCACCACCAAAUUCAAAGCCACACCUCACUCCCGUGCAUUGCCCACGCCGCCACCACCAAAUUCAAAGCCACACCUCACUCCCGUGCAUUGCCCACGCCGCCACCACCAAAUUCAAAGCCACACCUCACUCCCGUGCAUUGCCCACGCCUCCACCACCAAAUUCAAAGCCACACCUCACUCCCGUGCAUUGCCCACGCCUCCACCACCAAAUUCAAAGCCACACCUCACUCCCGUGCAUUGCCCAUGCCUCCAACAUUUACCCAAGGAACCACCAAACCCCGAAACCACAGCUGAAACACUCAUUACCCACGCCUCUACCUCCAGUGAAUGGUUCUCGUAA